AUGACUAACAAGAUUUCCUCGAAAUUUGAGUUUACCAACGUUGUGUGUACUUCUCUGGAUAAGAAGUUCGACGACUUCGAGUACUGCUACUUGAAAUCUGUGAAUCGAAGCUACAAGUACAUAUCGCUCAAGGUUAAUUUAUUCAAAACUCCAAUUACGAAGGUCAAGUUUAGAGGUAUACUGUACAAGCGAUUCAAUGGCUACAGGCCUUUCAUGUUCGAUGUCACAGUGGACGCCUGUAGAUUCUUGAACGACACAAAGACAAGCCCGGUAGUUAAUUAUUUUUUUGAGUUCUUUAAGGCCUACUCUAAUAUGAACCACACCUGCCCUUUCAAUCAUGAUCUUAUUGUGGAGAAGGUUACCAUCGACCUUGUUAACUUUCGAGUUACGAAGGUUCUACCUUUUCCAGAGGGCGCCUAUUUACUGGAAACCCAUUGGAUUGCUUACGACACCAAUCGGGCAGUGGUGAAGAUCUACGGCACAAUAUCCUAA